AUGUUAACAUCAAAAGUUUUUAGAAGAAAUAGUCAAAAUGUUAAAAAUUUAUAUAAUUCAAAAUGUAACUCCAAAUUUAAUAAUUGUCAAAAACAAUUACAAAUACUUAAAAUCAUAAAUUCAAAACGUUAUUAUUCAAAUAACUCACCCGUAAAUGAAAAGGACACAAUAGUUAGACUACUUUAUAACAUUGGUUCAAAAAUGGAAGUACAACAAUACCUUCGACAUUUUUCUUCCGUUGAAUCACAAAAAUUUGCUGUAAUAAAAGUUGGAGGUGCUGUUCUUUCGGAAGACUUAGAUAAUUUGGCUUCAUCUUUGACUUUUCUAAAUCGGGUUGGAUUAUAUCCAAUCGUAUUACAUGGUGCCGGUCCUCAACUUAAUAAUUUAUUAGAAAAGUCUGGUAUUGAACCUAAUUAUAUUGAUGGUAUUAGAGUAACUGAUACCAAAACUUUGGAAAUUGCUCGUAAAUUAUUUUUACAAGAAAAUCUUAAAUUGGUGGAAGCUUUAGAACGUUCGGGAACUCGUGCUAGACCUAUUCCUGGUGGUGUAUUCAUAGCGGAUUAUUUAAAUCGAGAAAAAUAUGGUUACGUAGGUGAAAUUAUUGAUGUACGUAAAAAUGUGGUAGAAGCUAGUGUUAAGGCGGGUGCUUUACCAAUUUUAACUAGUUUAGCGGAAACUCCUUCUGGUCAAAUUUUAAAUGUUAAUGCUGAUGUGGCAGCUGGUGAAUUAGCGAGAGUACUUGAACCUUUAAAAAUUAUAUAUUUAAGUGAAAAAGGUGGUCUUUUACAUGGUGAAACUAAUCAAAAGAUUGAUGUUAUAAAUCUUGAUGAGGAAUAUGAAAAUUACAUGGCACAACCUUGGGUUAAAUAUGGAACUCGAUUAAAACUUAAAGAAAUCAAGGAACUUCUUGAUUGUUUACCUCGAACAUCUUCAGUAGCAAUUACUGCUACUGAUAAACUUCAUAAAGAACUUUUUACUGCUUCGGGAGCUGGUACUUUGAUUCGUCGUGGUUAUCGUCUAUUUAAAUUUAAUUCAGUAAAUGAAUUGGAUAAAGAGAAAUUACAAAAAUUAUCACAAGUUCAAGUCGGAUCUUCUUUAUCCAGUAAUAAAGUUGAUUUAAAUUCAUAUGUUCAAGAACUUUCCAAAAGAUCUCAUACAAUAUAUAAUGAUCAUGAUGAAAUUAAGUCAUGGCAUUUUGAAAAAUCUGAUGGUAGUUAUACAAUGAAUGGUAAAACUUUGUUUUGGUAUGGAAUUGAAAAUAUUGAUGAUGUUUCUAAGGUUAUUGCGGAUUUUAUAAAUGUACAAUCUAAUCAAAAAAAUGGAAAUGCAUUUAUAAAUUCGAAUCGAUUAUAUUCUACACUUUCAACUUUCUCAAAUUCACCCACCAAAGUUGCAUUAAUCGGUGCACGUGGUUAUACCGGACAAAAUCUUAUAUCAUUAAUUGAUAAACAUCCUCACAUCUCAUUAUCUCACGUUUCAUCACGGGAAUUGGAAGGUCAAAAACUUGAAGGAUAUAAUAAAGGAAAUAUUAAAUAUGUUAAUUUGAAAUUAGAUCAAAUUAAAGAAAUGCAAAAGAAUCAUGAUGUUGAUUGUUGGGUGAUGGCUUUACCAAAUGGAAUCUGUUCCCCAUUUGUUCAAGCUGUUGGUGAAGGUCAAAAAGAACAACAAAAAAGUGAUAAGAGUGUAAUAGUUGAUUUAAGUGCUGACUAUCGUUUCACUAAUGAAUGGACUUACGGUUUACCUGAACUUAAUGAUCGAUCAAUAAUUAAAGAAUCUUCCAAAAUUUCAAAUCCCGGAUGUUACGCCACGGGAUCUCAACUUGCCAUUGCACCAUUAUUACCAUACCUAAAAGAAACACCAACCAUUUUUGGAGUUUCCGGUUAUUCGGGUGCAGGAACCAAACCAUCACCUAAAAAUGAUCCAAAAUUUAUUAAAGAUAAUUUAAUUCCUUAUACUUUAACUGAUCAUAUUCAUGAAAGAGAAAUUUCUUUUCGUUUAGGUAGAAAUGUAAAUUUCAUUCCUCAUGUGGCUCCUUGGUUUCAAGGAAUUAGUUUAACCGUUAAUAUUCCUUUAUCAAAAUCUUUUAAAUCUUCGGAAAUUCGUGAAUUAUAUGAACAAAAAUAUGUUAAUGAAAAACUUGUUAAAGUUACUGAAGAGAUACCAUUGGUUAAAGAUAUUUCCGAAAAACAUUUUGUAAAAAUUGGUGGAUUUGGAGUUCACUCUUCAGGAAAAAGUGUGGUAGUAAUUGCAACCAUUGAUAAUUUGUUGAAAGAAUAUGAAUCUCGCCUUUGGAUACGAGGAAUAUGA